UGUUUUUUCGCGUUUCUUCGUGGACCUGACUCUCUCACUCUCCUUCUUUUUCUGUCCCCCUUCAUUUUCAUUUCCUACAUUCUAAUUAAUAACAUAGCAUGCCCAGUAGACCUGAAUUUGGCUUAAGUUCAUCACGAUUCAAUGGUCAAAAGGGAUUCAAAAAAAACUUUGCUUCAACUUCAUUUAACAAAUAUGGACUCCCUUCAAAGAGCACAACUGCACCCUCAAAUAUCGACCAACGCUUUGAGGAUGCUCGCAUACAGGAAGAUAUCGAAUAUAGAUUCGGAUUCGAACGAUAUCAAGAAGGACCUGAACGUUUAGGCUGGCUUUUGAAUAUGCAUACAACAGCAGUUCCUGAUUCUGAAUGGCCAAGUGGGAGAUCAGCUGUUGAAUUUUACUUUAUUAAUGACAAUGGGGAAACAUUCAAGGCGACUAGAGUGUAUAGUCCAUACUUUUAUAUUGGCUGCAAGCCCGGAACAGAAGGUGAAGUGGAAGAUUAUUUACAUAGGAGGUUUGAAGGACUGAUAGAAAAGCUUAAAAGAGUAAAGAAGGAAGAUUUAAAACAACCAAAUCAUUUAGUUGGUCAUACCCGUACCUUUAUACAACUUAGUUUUCGUAAUAUAAAGGAUCUGCUGAAUGUACGUAAAGUGUUACUGCCAGCCGUUCAGAAAAAUAAAGCCAAAUUAGAUGCAGUUGAUACUUAUGCAGAAAUGAUAAAUGCUUCAAACAAGAUCAGAUAUGACGAUAUUUAUUCAGCAGCAAUCUCUUCUAGAAGAAGUCCAGAUGAAGUUUUAGAAAACGUUAUUGAUAUUCGUGAAUAUGAUAUCCCCUUUCACAUUCGUACAGCCAUAGACCUUGACAUUCGUGUCGGUCUUUGGUACGAUGUAAAAGCUCAAGAAGAUGGUACAAUUAGUCUCACACGACGUACAGAUUUAGUUCAUCGUCCAGAACCCAUUAUUCUAGCAUUCGAUAUUGAAACAACAAAGCUUCCCCUUAAGUUUCCUGAUGUCAAUAUCGAUCAAAUCAUGAUGAUCUCUUACAUGAUUGACGGAAGAGGUUAUUUGAUCACAAACAGAGAAAUUGUCAGCCAAGAUAUUGAGGAUUUUGAAUAUACACCAAAGCCUGAAUUCGAAGGACCAUUCACCAUCUUCAACGAAGCAAAUGAAGAAGCAGUCUUGAGACGAUUUUUCGAACACAUACAAGAAGCUAAACCAACAAUCUUCGUAACAUAUAACGGUGACUUUUUCGAUUGGCCAUUUGUAGAAGGAAGAGCCAAGGCACAUGGAAUAAAUAUGUAUCAUGAAAUUGGAGUUUAUAAGGACGACGAAGACGAGUAUAAAUGUAAACAUGCAUCUCAUAUGGACGCAUUCAGAUGGGUACAACGUGACUCUUAUUUGCCCAACGGAAGUCAAGGUUUAAAGGCAGUGACGACCAUCAAGUUGGGUUAUAAUCCACUUGAAUUAGACCCAGAAGAUAUGACUCGAUUUGCUAGUGAGCAGCCUCAAGUGUUGGCUCAAUAUUCAGUAUCAGAUGCUGUCGCAACUUACUACCUCUACAUGAAAUAUGUGCACCCCUUCAUUUUCUCACUAUGUAAUAUCAUUCCAUUAAUACCUGAUGAAGUGCUAAGAAAAGGCACAGGAACCCUUUGUGAGCAGUUACUCAUGGUUGAAGCAUACAGAGCUAAUGUUAUCAUACCCAAUAAGCAUGUGGACGAUCCAAUCUCAUUCUAUGAUGGGCAUCUGUUAGAAAGUGAGACUUAUGUCGGCGGUCAUGUCGAAGCCCUAGAGGCAGGCGUGUUUCGAAGUGAUAUAAACGCUGAUUUUAAGGUUGAUCCAUCUGCAGCACAAGAGCUAAUAGAUCAAUUGGACGACGCUUUAAAAUUCACCAUUACAGUUGAAGAAAAGAAAAGACUCGAAGACAUUACAAACUAUCAUGAAGUAAAACAAGCCAUCAUUGACAAGCUUGAGGACCUUAAAGCCCGACCUAUUCGUCAGGAAGCGCCUUUGAUCUAUCACUUGGAUGUUGCUGCCAUGUAUCCCAAUAUCAUCUUGACUAACCGUCUUCAACCUGAUGCUAUGAUUGACGAAUCCAUGUGUGCAACCUGUGAUUUUAACAAACCAGACAAGAACUGCGACCGUCGAAUGAAGUGGCUCUGGCGUGGUGAAUUUACACCAGCAAAGCGCAAUGAAUAUAAAAUGAUCGAAAACCAACUUUCUCAAGAGACCUUCCCUGCUAAAUAUCCAGAUCAGCCACCACGUCCAUGGCAUGCCCUUAGUGAUACCGAAAAAUCCACAUUGUUGCGAGCCCGUCUGAAGGAUUACUCUAGAAAGGUUUACAGUAGAGUCAAGGAGACAAAGACGAUUGAAAGAGAAUCCAUCAUUUGUCAACGUGAAAACCCGUUCUAUAUAGAGACUGUUCGUGCAUUUCGUGAUCGUCGUUAUGAAUAUAAGGGAUUACAUAAAACUUGGAAAGGAAAGCUGGAUGAAGCUGUCAAAGAUGGAUCUGCAGCCAAGAUUGGAGAGGCAAAGAAUAUGAUUGUAUUAUAUGAUUCGCUUCAGUUGGCUCACAAGUGUAUCUUAAACUCCUUUUAUGGUUAUGUGAUGAGGCCUGCUGCUCGUUGGCAUUCAUUAGAAAUGGCUGGUAUUGUCUGUUUAACUGGUUCAAAUAUCAUCCAAAUGGCUCGUCAGCUUGUUGAACGCAUCGGUAGACCAUUGGAACUCGAUACAGAUGGUAUUUGGUGUAUUCUACCAAAGACAUUUCCUGAAACGUUUUCGUUUACUUUAAAAAACGGUAAAUCCAUUCGUAUUUACUAUCCAUGUACUAUGUUGAAUCAUUUGGUGCAUGCACAGUUUACCAACAAACAGUAUCAACAUCUGGUUAACCCAAAGACAUAUGAAUAUUCUGUGAGUGAAGAAAACAGUAUCUUUUUUGAAAUUGAUGGACCUUAUCGAGCUAUGGUUUUACCUUCAUCUACCGAAGAAGACAAGCUUUUGAAGAAACGAUAUGCUGUGUUUAACAUGGAUGGAUCACUUGCUGAACUUAAAGGAUUUGAAGUAAAGCGUCGUGGUGAAUUGAAGCUUAUCAAAAUCUUUCAAACAGAGAUUUUCAAAGUGUUCUUAGAAGGAAAUACACUUGAAGAGUGUUAUGCUGCAGUUGCAAAGGUUGCCAACAGAUGGCUAGAUGUACUCUACAGCAAGGCGGCUGAUAUCACGGAUGAGGAACUGUUUGAGCUUAUUGCGGAAAAUAGAAACAUGUCCAAGACACUUGCGCAGUAUGACGGUCAAAAGUCUACAUCAAUCAGUACAGCUAAGCGUCUCGCAGAAUUUUUAGGCGAUCAGAUGGUAAAAGACAAGGGUUUGGCUUGUAAUUUUAUUAUUUCUGCUCGUCCUUAUGGAUUACCAGUCUCUGAACGUGCUGUUCCUGUUGCCAUCUUUCAAUCCGAAGAAAGCGUCAAAAAACAUUACCUCCGUAAAUGGCUCGGUGACAACUCGCUGGACUCUUUUGAGAUCCGUGACGUUCUCGACUGGGAUUAUUACCUUGACCGUUUCGGCUCUGUUAUCCAAAAGUUAAUUACUAUUCCUGCGGCAAUGCAAAAGGUUCAUAAUCCUGUUCCUCGUGUUCGUCAUCCCGACUGGCUGUUCAAGCGUGUUGCGGCAAGAAACGACAAGUACAGACAGCACAAGAUCACGGAUAUAUUCAGCCGCACCGAUAAGCCAUUAUUAGAGGACAAUAUGGAGGUUGAUGACAUUGAAGAAUUGAAUGUCUCUCAUACUGAAGCCAACGGCCUUCUUCCUAAAAUAGCCAAGGUGACAAGGAAACGCAAACGCCAAAAUGACGAAAGUGAUGGAUUUGAUAUAAACGCGCCAUUGCCAGAAGAAGACCGUCCUGAAAACAUGCCCAACUGGGAGGAGGAUUAUCCUGCAUGGCUUGAAUUCCAGAAAAGAAAAUGGAAGCGACAGAGAAUGAUUCGAGCGUACCGCAGAGAGCAUUUAGGCAGUGCUCUUUCAACAAAACAAACCAAGGAUGGUGUCGGUGGCUAUUUUAGAAGACAGACAGGUUCGCUCGUUACAAGCUUAUGGGAGAUCAUUCAGAUCGCAGAAACAGACAUACCUGGUGAAUUUAAAAUGUGGGUGAUGGUGCAAGGCCAGCUGUACAAUAUCCGGUUGACUAUUCCACGUACAUUCUAUUUGAACUGCAAAGAGGGUAAUCCCGAGGUUGUUAAAGAGCAGAAUCCUGCAUGUGAAUUGGUCAAAAGUUCUCGUACAUUGCCUAGAUCGCAUCCAAGCUUGAAUCUUUUUCAAGUGACAAUGCCUGAAAAUAUAUAUCAGGCUGAAGUGAACAAGUUCUCCAAUAUAUUUAAUCAUCCUUCUACUGAUGCUGUAUAUGAAACACAGGUGCCACUGAUCGUCCGUGCAGUCUUACAGCUGGGCUCGAUAUGUCAGUAUAACAAAACAAGUGGUACCGCCAGUCGUCGAAUGGAUGAUCAAUUCAAUCUACUUGAACUAAAAGAGAGAACAGACCUUACAAAGAGUUACAUGAGUGAUCCUAAAGCGUUCCACUUUCUGUAUCUCUUCCAUGGUCAUUCAGACAGUCGUCACUUUUUUGCGCUCAUUGGUUCCACACUGGCUGUUUCUCAGAUCUUCGUGGUUGGUUUGAACAAGAACAAUCAUCAAAUGCCAAACGUGGCCCGUAUAUAUAGAGAAAGGUACGAAGCUAUGCUCGAAAAGGGAGUUAUCGAUGAUACUAUUAUUGUACCUGAGACCAUGGAAUUCGAAACGAGUUAUCAUUCAAGCGAAAAACAUGCACUAAACGCAAUCAACAAAGCUUUAUCGAAUUAUCAAAAUGCAAAGAAGGGAAAGACGGUUAUAGCGAUCAAUUCACCAAGAUCAUCUGCUCAUCUUAUUCAGCAUGCACGCUUAAUUACAGAGUUUCCAUACGUGAGAAUUCCAGCACUCCAACAAGACAGCAAGUUUGACCCAUUGAACUGGCUUCAACCGAUGCUGAAGCGUGUAUUCAAAUAUUACAUGGAACUUGGUACAUGGGUAAACGAAAGACUUUGUCAAGCACGCUACGCCAAUGUACCGUUUUGUAACAUACCCGAAGAUCCUUAUACAUUCAUGGCCGAUAUUAUGUUUGCAAGAACUUUGAUACAAAGCGAUAUGAUCAUCUGGUGGUCCACUGCUAAAAUGCCUGAUUUGGGUGGUCGUGAAGAAGACGAAAAUAUAUCAAUCACGAGCGAAGUGAUCAAUCCCGAACUCAACUUUCCAGGAACGUAUGAGACAGUAUGUGUGGAUCUUGAUCUGUCUAAGCUAUGUUUGAAUACACUCAUGAUUGCCCCUUCUAUCAACGAACUGGAAGGUACUGCGGGGCAUACCAGUUUUGAUAAUGUGUCGCAUACAUUAGAUGACUAUGCAAAUGGUGCAAUCAUCACUUCCUCCAGCUUUGGUGAAGGUAUGAUUUCCAGUAAAACGUUCUCCAUGCUUCGUGCUAUAGUGCAAAUCUGGUUCAAUACAUAUGUAUCUAAUGGAAGCGGUAUUGCUGAACAUAUGGUUGACUCCCUUCAUCGAUGGCUCCUAAGUCCAAAUUCUUGUAUGCAUGAUCCCUCCCUUUAUGGUCUAGUACACAGUUUGAUGAAGAAGGUGUUUAUGCAACUCAUUGCCGAACUAAAGCGCUUAGGUGCCAAAAUCGUUUUUGCAAACUUUCAUCGCAUCCUGCUGACGACGACAAAGGAAACCGAAGAAAGUGCGGCUGCCUUUUUUGAAUAUUUGCACAGGACAAUUGAAGGAAAACAGGUCUUUGAGAUACUUGAGCUGAAAAAACAAGCAUUUUGGGAUGUACUUCUUUGGAUGGACGAACGUAAUUUUGCAGGCGUCUUGGUCGGCAAUUACAUGGAUGAUGUGCCCGCUAUCACAAAGCAAUGGAAUAUCGAAGAACAUCUACCGAACGGAGCAAGAGAAAAGUUUGGCCAUUACACCUCGCUGUAUAUCUAUAUGCUCACACGUUCUAAAGCUCAGUUCCCUCGAGAGAUUACGAUACAGGAAGAAGAAACAGAUGAACCUGCCAAUGAUGAUAGAGCAAAGAACCUGCAGAGGUAUGUUGAAGGCGAUCUGUCACGAAAGAUCGUGCGAUGGAUCUCCAAAUUUGCUGCCAAUCAUCCCACUGACAGCAAUAAUCCUGCACUCGAGUUCAUUAAACUUAUCACUGGCGUCUUGUCUUUGGACAACAGAAUUGAAGAACCAGUCCUGCUGCUUAAGCGUGAUGCAUUGUCUGCUGUUUCGAGUAUCAGUGACUUUGCUCUACAAGUACAGUUUACGCGUCCAAGCGAAUUUUACAAGUUGACAGAGGUUAUUUGUACCUAUUGUAAUUAUACAACCGAUUUAGAUUUCUGCCGAGAUCCAGAGCUAAUGCCUCAGGGCGGAAAGGUUCGAGCGUGGAAGUGCAAGGGAUGUAAAUCGGAAUAUGACAAGCAUUUGAUCGAGGAACGAAUGAUUAUUCAAGUACAAAAGUGGUUAGCAUCAUAUCAACUACAAGAUUUAUCAUGCAAUCGAUGUCAUAGUGUAAAAGCUGAAAAUCUCGCAAGACAAUGCAGCAAAUGUGGAAGUGAAUAUGCUCUUACUCAAAGCAGAUCAGAAUUGGAAAGAAAGAUUAGAAUUUUCAAGACGGUUGCUAAAGAACAACAGCUUUUGGCUUUAGAAGAUGUGAUCGACUGGUGUUUGGCAACAUUGUAAUUUA